ACACACACACACACACACACUGAGAGAGAGAGAGAGAGAGAGAGAUUGUUCCAGCUGCUCUCGCUAGAGAAAGGGAGUGACCCAAGGGGCCGCGAGUGAAGGGACAGGAUGGCUUAGGCACCUCUGCCCACAGGACCCCACGACAGGGAGAGGUUCCAGCUACAGCUCCUCCGUGGGGUCAUGGCAGGGACUGGGGAAUCCCCUCAAAAGCCCUGAGCGCCCCCUGCACCGCCGCUAAGGGACACCCCAGAAGUUAGCAUCAGUGGGACUCGGAAGCUCCGAUCUCAACAACAUCCCAGCUAUGGCUGGCGAUUCUAGGAAUGCCAUGAACCAGGACAUGGAGAUUGGAGUCACUCCCUGGGACCCCAAGAAGAUUCCCAAACAGGCCCGCGAUUAUGUCCCCAUUGCCACAGACCGUACACGCCUGCUGGCUGAGGGCAAGAAGCCACGCCAGCGCUACAUGGAGAAGAGCGGCAAGUGCAACGUGCACCACGGCAACGUCCAGGAGACCUACCGGUACCUGAGUGACCUCUUCACCACCCUGGUCGACCUCAAGUGGCGCUUCAACCUGCUCGUCUUCACCAUGGUUUACACCGUCACCUGGCUGUUCUUCGGCUUCAUUUGGUGGCUCAUUGCUUACAUCCGGGGUGACCUGGACCAUGUUGGUGACCAAGAGUGGAUUCCUUGUGUUGAAAACCUCAGUGGCUUCGUGUCCGCUUUCCUGUUCUCCAUUGAAACUGAAACCACCAUUGGGUAUGGCUUCCGAGUCAUCACAGAGAAGUGUCCAGAGGGGAUUAUACUCCUCUUGGUCCAGGCCAUCCUGGGCUCCAUCGUCAAUGCCUUCAUGGUGGGGUGCAUGUUUGUCAAGAUCAGCCAGCCCAAGAAGAGAGCGGAGACCCUCAUGUUUUCCAACAACGCAGUCAUCUCCAUGCGGGACGAGAAGCUGUGCCUCAUGUUCCGGGUGGGCGACCUCCGCAACUCCCACAUCGUGGAGGCCUCCAUCCGGGCCAAGCUCAUCAAGUCCCGGCAGACCAAAGAGGGGGAGUUCAUCCCCUUGAACCAGACAGACAUCAACGUGGGCUUUGACACAGGUGACGACCGCCUCUUCCUGGUGUCUCCUCUGAUCAUCUCCCACGAGAUCAACGAGAAGAGCCCUUUCUGGGAGAUGUCUCAGGCUCAGCUGCAUCAGGAAGAGUUUGAAGUCGUGGUCAUUCUAGAAGGGAUGGUGGAAGCCACAGGCAUGACCUGCCAAGCCCGGAGCUCCUACAUGGAUACAGAGGUGCUCUGGGGCCACCGAUUCACACCAGUCCUCACCUUGGAAAAGGGCUUCUAUGAGGUGGACUACAACACCUUCCACGAUACCUAUGAGACCAACACACCCAGCUGCUGUGCCAAGGAGCUGGCAGAAAUGAAGCGGGAAGGCCGGCUCCUCCAGUACCUCCCCAGCCCCCCACUGCUGGGGGGCUGUGCUGAGGCAGGGCUGGAUGCAGAGGCUGAGCAGAAUGAAGAAGAUGAGCCCAAGGGGCUGGGUGGGUCCAGGGAGGCCAGGGGCUUGGUGUGAGGGGUGCAGCCUACUUAAGACCUCCUGUCACUGGCUUCAGUGAACACAGACACUGCAGAGCCUGGGACCAGGGGAGGGGAAUAGUUGAGUGUGCUGUUUGGGGUCUCAGAAGCCAUCAAGGCUGUGGGGAGGAACCAUAAACCCAGCCCUCACAGCUCCCAGCACAGGGCCUCCCUGAGCCAGUGGCAUCCUGCCUGGACCCCCCCAUGGCAGUGCUGCCUCUUGUGGGUGCUGGCUAAGGGCCAGGCCAGGAUGAGUUUCCCCAUGGUGAGUGUUACCGGGUGGCAUCUGUUCUCCCCAUGCCCUGGGUCACUUCCUUUUUUGGGUCUCACAGACCCCUCCAGGGGCUGACACCUAGAGAGAACCAUCACCUUGUCCCCUCAUUCCUUCCACCCUGAGGCUUGCUGUGGAUUCAGAGAGGAGUCUUACCUGAUGGGAGCUCAAACCUCUAGUCUGGGAUGAGCUCACAGAGCCCUCAUGGGUUAAGAUCCAUCCAUAUCACAUAGGCAAUUCCUUUUAAAUCAGAU